UAGGCUGAAUUUUAAUAUAUCGAGGUCUAUUCGAUGCCCCAUUUCAGACCUGACUCUUAAAUCAAUACCCUGCUUCAAACCUUUCUUACGUGUAGAUAUUUUACUCUUAUCAGUUUGUAUUCUGUAUUAAUCUGUGUCCUCUUAUUAGUAUGGGUUUCUCCCAGGCUACAUGGUUUGACAGCUUAAUAAAGCUUAUUUAUUUAUUUGUUUGUUUGUUUGUUUAUUUGUUUAUUUAUUUCAUCAGUUCCCUAGUCCAGAGCACUGUUUAAGGUUAUGUUUAUAUGUUUUUGGGCUUCAAAAUUGUACAAUGCACGAUGUUGAUGGUCUUGUUGUAAUGAUAAGGAAGUAGCUUCUUCUAAAAACAUACCCGAUCAAGUUCAAGACUAGACUGCAAAACAGUCGUUUUUGGACGUUUUCGGAAGGCGCGAAGCGCCAAAAGCGCGAUCCUCGUGUCUGAAGCGCGCGAGCCUCACACGCCGGUAGGGCGCUCUCCCCAUUCUCCCUCGCUGUUUUUACAUUCGCUUCAGACCUUUCGUUCGAGUAUUGACCGUCGCCCGCAUUCGCAAAAAUACGACUGUUUUGCAGUCUAGUUCAAGACCAGAGUGCACAAACCAUACCCUUUUUAGACAAACUCGGCUCAAAACCGUAUACUUUGGAGCCACGGCAUACCUUUAUGGCCCAUAUGAGGCCGGGGGGUAUCCCUUCUCCGGGAUUUUUGCCCAAUGUCGAAAUGGGCAAAUUUUAUUUGAGCUGUGUAACUUCUGUCGGUUCAAUUAACUUGCCACACACUUUUUCAAUGGAAUCCUAGCAUUUCCUUUGGGUUUCUGUAUCGUUUUCAGGCCAUUAAAAAGAAGUUUCCUUCCAUUUCAACACUACUAAGUUUGUAUUUACGGGAAUGUCACAAAGACCAACACAACAUCCCGUGGCGUGACCUGGCCAUCAACGCUUCAGCCACGUCAAGCUCACGUCACGCUAUUUUUAGGCUAUUCCGAACGAGACAAUUAACAGUGAACAAUAAAUCCACUCUGUGAUACAAUAUUGCUUAAUCAAAACUGAAAGAGGUUUUCUCCGUGACGUCACAUUUCUGAGAAAAUUAAAUGUCAGUUUUUGCCAUCCCUGCGAAUCUUUCCAAUGACAUCCUGACAUUUCACUUGAAUCUUGAGAUUUCCCUCCAUUUCAACGGCUCCCAGUUUGAAUUUGAUGGAAUGUCAGAUAGAACCCCACAAAAAAAGUAGCGUUUGUUUUUUCACCUGCACCAAGCCUUUGUCAAUUAGAUUAUUUCAAAAAACUUGUCUGUCAUAGCGUGACGUUUGCAAUAUUUCUGCGACGCAGUUGAUCUCGUCACUUUUUCAGUGUUAUUUUGACAACCACAAAUGUUUCGUUAGGAAACCGUGCGUGGGCCACUAAAUGGCUAAAAUUGGAAAUGAUUGAACAUGGACUUGAAAAUCAUAUUUGUGACGCGUUGAAAACCAUUCACCACCGAAAAAAACGUUCUUGUAUUACGGUAUGUACGACACCCUAGAGGAAAGAAACUCUCCAAGAUUGUUGAUGGUCUAAAAAUGCAAGAAAGAACCUCAGAUAUAUAGCCUAGAUUUAAUCUUAGGGCGAUUCUUCAAGUUUCAGCUAUAGGAAUGAAUCGCCUAAUAUGGCGUGACCGAGCAACUCAAAUGACGCACUGACAGCGGGGGGAUUACACUUGUCAACCCUAACAAAUGCUAUUAGAUAUUCACUUAUCACGAACGUCCGAUAGCUAUAAAAUACCGGCACGUUAUUGCCUUACUAGUCACUUUGUGGAAACCAUAGGAGAAAGAAGGUCAGAGUAGCGAGACAAUAGGCUUACUGCUGAAAUCGUCAUGUUGGUUAUGCUCGCUUCCUUUAUUAUACCUCUGGUCAUUUGUCUUUUGGUCGCAGCGGCCUUGAUCGCUUUUAUGAUUCAUAAGAAGAGAAAAAAUACGUCUAAUUCUACCGUCCACCGAUUGCAGAAUAACAAUAGACUAUCGAGGCGUCUGGGAUUGUUAGAGCAGGUGCUGCUGGAAAGAGAAAGAGUGAAUCACUGGGGGACUGUUUCCUCUGUAUUGCUGCUGGAUUCUGAAGAAGAACUGAACCAAGAUCACCUUAGAAAAGCGCUCCGUCUUCUUCCCAAGCGGUUUCCUUUAUUACGGAUGCGAAUCAACGAGAGAGGCAGUGAAGCGUUCUUUGAAGAAAUGGACAGCCCUGAUACAGUUGACUUUGAAGUAUUUGACGGGAUAACGGCUGAUAACUGGGAGGAAGGCUUCGACGCAGAAAUAAACGGUGCUUUAUUCAACAUUGAAACAGGGCCUUUGUGGCGCGUCAGGUUACUAAAAGAAACACUAGCCAAUGGAAAGUUUCGAAAUGCAUUGGUAUUCACAUUUCUACAUGUUACCUGUGACGCGCUUUCCAUCUUCGAGCUUCAAAAAACAUUGCUGGAAUUUUUAACUUCUCUACAGAGAGGUGAAGAAGUUGAAGUCAACAGCUUGCCUUUGGGACCUCCUGUGGAAGCACUGACAUCAGAUCUUGUAAAAACAAGCGUCUUGGAGAGACUGUUGUUUUCAAGCUUUUUCGUCCUGCAGCGGGUUAAAACAUUCUUUGUCAAACCAGAGCCGAAUCAAUAUCUGUCAGUUUGCCCUCCUGUUGCCAAUUCACACCCACUGGUGUCCAAGAGAACCUGUCUUCUGAGUCGCAACCUGUCUGAAGAAGAAACCAGGCUGCUGAUAAAGAGCUGUAAAGAAAACAAGUGCACGGUACACGGGGCUAUUACUGCCUCCACGCAUCUCGCGAUGGCGCGAAUUCUUCAGCCGAAACAAGACAUAAAGACGCCCGUCUGCGUGGAUUCAACUUACUCGAUCAGCUUACGAAAAGAUUGCCAGCCAAAGGUGAACAACGACGCACUGGGAGCUUAUGUCAGUGCAAGUACGUUAUCUAUUCCAAUACCCCUGGUCGAUCCCGGUGACGAACAAGGUUUUUGGGAGUUUGCACGCGCGUGUACUCGCGAGGUGCACACUCAACUGGUUUCCGGAAAGCACAGGAACCUUCUCAAGUUUUACAAGUGCAUUGACAUUCCAACAUACUGUAAAAUGACCGAAUUUAAAUACAAUGAAGGUCGUAGAAGCCAAAUUUUUAAUAUUAAUAAUUAUGGAGCACAAGAAACAAAUCAAAGCGAAGAAAGUCCGUACAAGUUUGCCGGAUUGUAUUUUGGUGUACACGAGACCACAAUGGGUCCUACAUUCGGGCACAACAUCCUCACUGUAGAUGGCAAGCUUUACUGGGCUGUAAAUUAUUUUCCACAUGUCACUACUAAAACGCAAGCAGAAGAUUUCACUGACUUGUCUCUGAACAUUUUGAAAGACGCUUGUGUGCAGUAGCAUUAAGACUAUAGUAACCUGGUUUUCGUCCUUGUUAAAACUCUAUUACCACUACUGGUUAAAUUUUGAUACGGCUGUAAAUAGAAUUUAUCUAUUAUUUAUUUUUUCAAAAUAUAUAGUAUUUUUUUGAAUGGCUAGUUUGUUAAACGUAGCCAGGGCUGUAAUUUAUUACAAAAUUAACGCAUAACUUGUUCAAAUAAUCAUUUGUUCGCUUUUUUGGCUUUGGCUGAGUUGUGUACAUGGUUCACGAGGGAUACGAGGGAUACGCACGUAGCAUGCUUGCACUAACCAAUCACAGUCAAGAAAAGCGUGUAACAUGUGUGCACUAACCAAUCACAGCUAAGAGGUUGUUCCCUCGGCCAAUCAGCGGUCAAACCAAAAACAACCGUGAUUGGUUGAAGCGACUUUACCGCGCUUUGCACUAGUUGCAUCUUUCGGCAACAUAUUUUAGUCGUAUUUUAAAGGCAGUUGAAUCCAUUCAACACCCUUGUGCUGUAAGUAAAGCUCCAUCGUUGGAAAUAGUCUGUUCACAAAGCACAGGAUUGUUUCAGUGCUUUACUGAUGUAAGCA